CAAACCGAAGCCACAAUAGUUCAAGCAAUUCCAACACUCUAACCAAGACUAACCUAUUCUUUCUCAUCUCUGUAACUAAUUGUUUGCUUCUCGAAAGCUGAUCUAUUCUUUUUCUGUAACUACUUGUUUGCUUUUCUCCGAAGCUAAUAUAUUCUUUGUACUCGAAAGAAACGAUUCUUUUCAAGCAGGAAAAAAUGGCUGCCUUGUCCAAGAUCGCAGCUGGUAAUGGUCACGGUGAAAACUCUCCUUACUUCGAUGGAUGGAAGGCAUACGAGACUAAUCCUUUUCAUCCCACAGACAGACCUGAAGGAGUCAUUCAGAUGGGUCUAGCUGAGAAUCAGCUUUGCUUUGACUUCAUCAAAAAGUGGCUCAUGAAACACCCAGAAGCCUCUCUCUGUACUGCAGAAGGUGUAAACAAAUUCAAGGAGACAGCACUUUUCCAGGAUUAUCAUGGGAUGCCUGAGUUCAGACAAGCUAUUGCAAAAUUUAUGGGGAAAGUGAGGGGAGAUAGAGUAAAAUUUGACCCAGACCGCAUUGUUAUGAGCGGUGGAGCAACCGGAGCUCAUGAGAUGGUUACCUUUUGCUUGGCAGAUCCCGGUGAAGCAUUUUUGGUUCCCACUCCAUAUUAUCCAGGCAUCCUUAAUUUAUGCAGAUUUGAUCGUGACUUGAGAUGGAGAACAGGGGUUGAACUUGUUCCGGUCAUUUGUGAGAGUUCUAAUAAUUUCAAGAUCACUAGAAAUGCCUUGGAAGCUGCAUAUGAAAAAGCACAAGAAGAUAACAUUAGAGUCAAGGGUUUGCUCAUAACAAAUCCAUCAAAUCCAUUGGGUACUAUCUUGGAUAGAGAGACGUUGAAGAGUAUUGUAAGCUUCAUAAACGAAAAGAACAUCCACCUGAUCGGUGAUGAGAUUUAUGCUGCCACAGUUUUCAUGGAGCCUGAGUUCGUCAGUAUUUCUGAGAUUAUAGAAGAAGUCGAAUGUAAUCGUGAUCUCAUCCACAUUGUUUACAGUCUUUCCAAGGACAUGGGGUUUCCUGGCUUCAGGGUUGGCAUUGUAUACUCAUACAAUGAUGCAUUGGUGAGCUGUACCCGCAAAAUGUCCAGCUUUGGAUUGGUGUCUUCACAAACUCAGCAUUUAAUUGCAUCAAUGUUAUCUGAUGAUGAUUUUGUUGAUAAUUUUAUUAUUAAAAGCAAAAAGAAGUUAUUCAAAAGGCACGAGUAUUUCACUUGGAGUCUUUCUCAAGUUGGUAUUGGUUCUUUGAAGAGCAAUGCUGGCCUGUUUAUAUGGAUGGAUCUGCGUAAACUCCUCAAAGCGAAGACAUUUGAAGCAGAAAUGGAUUUGUGGCAGGUGAUAAUACAUGAAGUUAAGCUCAAUGUUUCCCCCGGUUCUUCUUUCCAUUGCCACGAGCCAGGUUGGUUCAGGGUUUGCUUUGCUAACAUGGAUGACGACACCAUGGAAACUGCUUUGUUGAGAAUCAGAGACUUUAUGCGUAAGAACAACGCGGCCAUGAUUCCUCAUAACAAACUUUGCAGGCGAAGCAGCCUUAAACUCAGCUUUUCACGAAGAGUGGAUGAUUUCAUGUCACCAGGCAUCAUGUCUCCUCACUCUCCCUUACCUCAAUCACCCCUCGUCCGAGCUAGGAGUUAAAGCUGAUCAACGACGACUUUAAGCCAUUAUACAUUACUAAGAAAGGGUUGAAUCUUUCUUUUCCUCAUUCCUAGAAACUUUAUUUUAGUUGUUUUUUUAUUAAUAUGCAAAUUAGAGAAUCUGCUGCAUUCUUUCCCAUGGAGAUAACCCGUGGCCUCAUUGUUCUUAAGCAUCAUUAUCCUGUUGCUUCAACAAUUGCAUUUUUUUUUCUUUCCUCACAUGCAAAAGGGCAAUAUUGUGAGGAAAGUUCAAUGUUGGUGAGCACUGUUCCUUUACAUGUAUACUAUUGUUUGAUGUUGUCUUUUGUUAGUUCUGAAUUUGUAAGAGUGAAUCCAUUCGAUGUGCUAAAUAAAGGAUUAAUUCUUGAUUUUU